AUGUAUAGAGAGCAAGAUUUUGCUAACUCAGAACGCUCCAUGUCCAACAUAGUGCAUCAUAAGUCAUAUUCCAGUUCAUUUGAUCCUGGAUCAAUAACAACUCCUCAAAAGAUCCCAGCAAUGAAUAAUGAAUAUCUCCAAGCAAUGCACACAGAUCUGACCAAAGCAAGUACCGUCAUAUCCAAGCUGAAAAAAGAAAAAAAAAGCCUCCAGCUUACUCUUGACUCUACAAUUGAGUCUUAUAACACCCUUAAAGAUAAAUACAAAGAACUGCAAAAGACGCUUACUGCGCUUGCAAGCCAAAAUAAGGUUCUUGAAACCAAGGCAAAGCAGCUAGAUUUUGCUUUCUCUAAAUAUCAAGACGCUGUAAAAGUUUCUCAGUGCAAAGAUGAGAAAAUAAAAGAUCUGCAAUUAAAAUGUGACUAUUAUGAAAAUUUAAGAAAUAGCCAAACUGAUGACAAUAUGUGAAAACAGCUGUGACAGGCUAAUGAAGUACUGAAAGAAGAGCUAGAAACGAGCAGAAACCAGACUUCUACGAAAGAUUUAGAAAAUAGCCCUCUAGCUAGCGACAUUGUAUUUCAUGGACUUUUAUUCCUAGAAAACCUGCAAAAAAAUCAAGAUUUUCUCAUUGCUUUUAAACAACAUGCAAAGCAUAUAAAUAAAUACAAAGAGUUUCUAUUGACUGGGCAGUGGGAUGAAGCUUUGCUAAUAAUUUUGAAAUUUGCUGAAGAGAUAGUCCAGAAUAAAAGCAAAGCCCCUAAACUGUUUGAUACAGAGCUAGGACAAAAGCCGACACAUUUUGAUAUAAUAUUAGCCCAAAACAAUCUUCAAGCCUAUAAAAGUGUCAUUUCUAGCAGCCCAGUAAGCCCAAUAUACAGACAAUCGCCUAACUCUCCGCUGUCAGAGUUUUCACUUCUUGCCAAAGACACUGAUAAGUUAACUAUGGACCAGCAAUUUGAUUCUCAUAAUGAUAGGAUCGCUAUUCUCAAUGAGCAGAUUUUCAAUACAAUGGAAAGUGGCAAAAGAAUCUUAUCAACUCCACCCAGUCGGAGUUUGAAAUCUGCGUGCUCAUUAAAUAACCCAAACGAGUACUUUUCUAUAGAUAAAAAACUUGAAAAUGCUGAAAGAAAAAUCACGACAGAAACAACCAUGGAUGAAUUUCUACUGAAAGAAACUGAGAAUUCUGACCACGAAAAAGGAUUUCAGUCUCCAGUAAAUAUUGGUAAAAAGCUCAUAAGGCCAAAACCAUUGACUUCAGUCAAAAUAAACAGAUUAGGGCACAAAUCGAAUAUACAGACACCAUAUACAGUUCCAAAAUCUCCAAGUAGUACUCUUGAAAGCUGCAAGCCAAAUCUAGAGAUUCCUCUAACUCCCCACCUCCGUGAGCGAACAAAAAAAUUUCGUUCGCUCACGAGGGGGGCUAUUUUUUUUUGUAUAUAAUUUUAUAGUAAUUUUUUUUCCCCAAAAAAUCCCAUUUCGCGAAAAUUGGAAAGCAAACAUUAAUUUUAUUUGUAAAAUUUAUGUUUUAAAAUGCAAGCUGUUUAAAAUUAAGCAAAAUUAGCUAGAGAUCUCAUUAUACUAAUUAUCACUUAUAUAUCAAACUUUUUAUAAAAAAAUUUUUUGUUUGCUCAUGGAGGGUGGGUUUUUAAGCAAAAAUAGUGAUUUUUUCCAUUGGUUUUGUUCGCUCACUAGGGGGGUUUAAGGAAUCGUUUGUAUAAAGCAAAAUAA